AACCAUUUUUGUGUUAUUUGUCUAACAUGUUGAAAGUGUCAGAAAUCAUUUACAAGCCGUCGUAGUCGACAACACCGUCAUCUUAAAUAACCUGAAAAAUCUACUGUAAUGAAUACAAAACCGACGACACCUGAUCCGGCGCUGUUGGCUCAGAGCUCCUCUGUAAACGUAUUUCACGAUGAAUCCAUAUUGCCGCAGCGUAAUGUAAAAACAAGUGAAAGUGUUCCCCCGUCGUGUGCGGAGAAAACCUUGUUUGUGCUUUCGAUGAUUCUGAUAGUGCUUGGGUUGCCGUUUUCAAUUUUCUGCUGUCUCAGGGUAAUGUCGGAGUAUGAGCGAGCUGUGAUCCUGCGCCUGGGUCGUCUUCGGCCCAAACCUCCAAGGGGGCCAGGCGUCAUCUUUGUCGUUCCCUGCUUAGAUGACAUAUUUGUUGUAGACAUACGCACCAGAUCAUUUGAUCUGGAUAGACAGGAAAUCCUUACACGCGACAUGGUGACUAUAAGCAUUGACGGAGUGGUGUACUAUAGCAUCAAGAGCCCUUUUGAUGCGAUGCUGCAAGUAUACGACCCGGAGGAGGCUACAGAGAAGCUGGCCAUGACCACGCUGCGGAACGUGGCCGGCACCCACAAGCUAAUGGAUUUGCUUUCGUCCAAGGAGUACCUGUCCAAUCAGAUCGAAGGUAUAUUGUACAACUCCACAGAGCCAUGGGGAGUACGCGUGGAGCGUGUGGAGAUCAAAGAGAUCUUCAUGCCGGAUCAACUGAAGCGCGCCUUGGCUGUGGAGCAGGAGGCGAUGAGGGAGGCGAAGGCCAAGGUGGCCGCCGCCCAGGGAGAGAGAGAUGCAGUAAAGGCGCUGAAGGAGGCCGCAGACAUUAUGGAGACCAACCCCAUUGCCUUGCAACUGCGAUACCUACAAACCCUGAACUCCAUCUGCAACGAAGAUACCAGAUCCUAUGUCUUCCCUUUCCCCGUAGACAUUGUGAGGAAAAUGAUGAAAUGAUUUGGAGUAAUUGUUUUGAAAACGUUUUUUUGGCUGCACUGGGUACUCCCUACAUAUACUCGGUAAAAAUUACAGUUGUAAAAUAAUAUCCAAGACGAUACAAAAAGGCCAUCCGUUUAUACUCAAUGAAAGGUAAAUUGUUUAAAUUGUUUAUACUACUGGCGAUUAAAAAGAAUCAUAUUGACGA